AUAUAAUGGGUCUCUUAUUUUAAGUAUAGAUUUUAUCAUCAUCAAACGUGUGACAUGCCAAAACCGGCGUAGGCCGAAGAGUGUAUUACCAAGCAACUACCGAACCCCAAACCCCUCUCCAACAGCCUCACUGAUUUAUCUACUAUUUUUCACUGCAAUUCCUAUAACUACCUUGCAGGAUCACGUUCAAUUGGGUUUAGAAACCAAGAUCUCGACUCUAGGACGUAAGUAACAACUACAAACUCCACUUCCUCAUGAUUCAUAGCAAAAUCUGCGUCUUGAAAUACAGUUACCCUCACUCAGCCUCGAAGACCACGCCGAGGAUCCAUUCAUUUUAUUGAAAACUUUUAUCCAUUCACUUCAAUGGCACCAAAGAUUUUCCUUACGGGAGCCACGGGCUACAUCGGAGGCUCAGUCCUCGAUGCUAUAGUCACCAGCCACCCAGAAUACGACAUAACGGUUCUUCUCCGAUCCGUUCCGCCAAGCUUCUCGUCCCGUUAUCCAAACGUCAAAAUCGUAAAAGGGCAUUAUGACAGCUUCGACAUCAUUGCGGAUGCUACUUCUCAAGCUAGUGUAGUCGUCCACAAUGGUAACUCCGACCACGAACCUUCUCUAAAUGCCAUCAUCACCGGGCUUCUCCGCCGCUCCACCCCAUCCUUCUUAAUCCACCUCUCCGGGACAGGAAUCGUCUCUGAUUUCCGCAACUCCACCUACCUCGGUGCCCUCAACCCUAAAGUCUGGUCCGACAUCACCGAUCUCGACACCAUCUUCUCUCUUCCCGACAACGCUCUCCACCGAAACACGGAGAAGCUUAUUCAAGCGGCUGUUGCUCAAGAUGGCGACAGGCUAAAAGCAGCGAUUAUGUGUCCUCCAGAUAUCUACGGUGAAGGGAGAGGGCCCUUGAGGUCGAAAAGUGUGUUUGUGCCGUGGUUUGUAGAUGAAUCGAAGAAGCAAGACGGGGGCGGAAGAACAUUCUACACUGGAGAUGGAGGGAAUACAAGGAGCUGGGUGCAUAUUGAUGAUCUGAUGAUGCUUUAUCUGAAAGUUGUUGAAGCGGCGGUUGCUGGGGGUACGGGUGCUGAUUGGGGGAAGGAAGGAUACUACUUCGCCGGCACCCAGGAGGUCUCCCAGCGUGACAUCGCCAUCGCAGCAGGGAAGAUCCUCAAAAAGCUUGGAAUUAUCAAGAAUGAGGAACCCUUUCAUGCUUCCCUUGAUCAGAUUGAUACUAUGUGCGCGGAGCGCAAUUACCCUGGCAUUGCGAGGUACCUGUUUGCGUCGAAUUCAAGGACUGAGGCUGAGAGAGCGAAGAAAUUGUUUGGAUAUAAGCCGAAAGCCCCCACGUUGUUAGAGACGCUGGAGGAUGAUAUUUUGAGUGCGGUUGGAGAGAAGUAGGGGGUACCACUCGAUUUCUGUACUUGCCCUUUGCGAGGGGCUCGUCAAUGGAUCUGUUUGACUUGAAAGAAAACCGUAGUCGAGUUCAAACUCCACCCUGCUCAAAAAUCGGGGUGCAUUUCCACGUAGGACAAUCAUCUAUGGUAUCUUACGACCUAACGUGGACUGUUGCCAGGAUUAGGUACAUGUAUUAAACAUCCUGCGAGAAACAGGG